GUGUGCGCGGAAGUUGUAUGCGGAAGUGGCAUGUCUAGACUCCAACCGAGGAAUUUCUAAAGUAACGACUGUUGGAGAUUAUUUCAUGUCUGAUGAGUGAAAAGUGACAAGAAAAAUGACAAGCCAACCUCUCAUCAAAUCAAAGCAGACAGAAAAAACGAUUAAUGGGAUUUCCACCCAGGUUGUUUGCACCGAAUUCAGUAACUACAUAUUUGUAGUUCUCACACAGUACGGAAAGAUUGGAACGUUAGUAUCAGUUACACCUGAUUCAAAGUCGAAUGACUUGAGCAAUUCAAUGUUCUCCACCAAAGUCCUGCUUGGAAAAGAUGACGCUUUGACACAUGUUUGUGCAAAAAACCUGGCAACCUUUGUGGCUCAAGAGGCUGGCAACAGACCUGUUCUAUUGGGAUUGGCACUCAAGGACUGCUCCAUUGACUCCAUAAAGGACAUGAAGGAUGUUAUAAAAUGUUGUAAAGUCUGGUGACAUAGGGAAAAUAACGUUUUCACUUUAAACCGAAAGGUUAUUUUGUAUUUAGUUGUAUAAUGCAGAUGGUAUGGUUAGUAAGCUAUGGGAAUACUUCUAGGAGUGGGGAAGCACAUGCCGGCUGAAGAGCAUCAUGCAAUUGUCAUUGUUGCAGAGGAAUAAAAAUGUAUUUAAUUUGUA